AUGGGGCAGCACUUCAUGGACUUAGAGAUGGGGGAUGCAAAGGCCCAGAAGAAGGAGGAAGAGCAGCCUCUGAGUCUCCUUCCUGCCUCAAAGGGCUGGGGACAAGGCCAAGUGAUCAAGGCCAUUUGGAAAGGCCAGCUGGGCCUGAUGAAGCAGUUGCUGAGGCAGGGGACUUGCAUCAAUGAGAGGGAUCCAGUAGGCCGGACCCUGCUCCAUCAUGCAGUGGCAAGUGGCCACAUCCCUCUGGUCCGCUUCCUAGUACAACGUGGGGCCGCAGUGGAUGCAGCAGACGAGGAUCUGGUCACUCCUCUGCACUGGGCCACCUGGAAGGGGCAGACCCAGGUGGCUGAGCUUCUCUUGCAGCGGGGGGCCCCAGCUUUAGCCAAGAGUCGAAGAGGCUUCACACCACUGCACUGGGCAGCUGCCCUGGGACAUACACUUCUGGUCCAGAGGUUGCUUGCCCAUGGCCUGGAUGCUGCUAGUGGGGAUGUGCAUGGGUGGACAGCACUGCACUGGGCAGCUGCAGGGAACCAGCUUCAUGUAGUAGAACUCCUGAGCCACCAGGGCAUCUCACUGGACAUCAGCUGUUCAGGAGGCCCUCAUCCUGUGCAUGUGGCUGCAGGGACUGGAAGAAAGGAGACACUGCAGUUCCUUCUGGUCCUGGGAGCAAAUGUCAAUACCCAAGAUGGCACUGGAGCAACGGCCCUCACCAUUGCCUCUGACCUGGGGGACCAGGAGGUGGUAAGGCUGCUCUUGGACCAUGGAGCUGAGGGGGAUCUUCCAGACCAACAUGGCCGCUCUGCCCUCCACCGGGCAGCUACUGCAGGCCACCUUCCUGUGGUCCGGCUGCUGGUGGAGAGAGGAGCUGCGGUGGACGCCCGGGACGCACUAUAUCUCACACCCCUGCACCACGCGGCCCUGGGAGGACACACUGUGGUUGCCAGCUACCUGCUGGACCGAGGAGCAGAGGUGGAUGCCGCCGGUUGGCUUCACAAGACUGCUCUGCACUUAGCCGUGGAGAAGGGUCACUGCUCCAUGGCAGAACUAUUACUGAGGUGGGGGGCCAGCCCCAACCUGCGGACACAGUGGCUGGAGACGGCAGCAGACCUUGCUGCUCCCGACAGUCCUCUUAAGACUCUCUGCUCUUUUCAGAAAGGCCAAGAGGAGAUAUGCAAGGCUGGACAGAACAUGGGCCCCUCCACGUAGACAUUGGAGGGAGGGAAAGUCUGGGUAUGACCUGGCUUUGAGUGGGUCUAUGUUACUGGCUAGCUCUGGACCUUGGAAUCACAGGACUUAUGGGAGAGCCCCAACUCUCUCCUUUUAUAGUGGAGGAAACUGAUUAAGAUCACAUUGGUAUAAUCUCUAUCAGGCUAUUGACCGCCUUGAGAAGGCAGGGGAAGGAGACGAGGAGAAAACCUGGAUCCUAAAAUACCAAAAAACAAUUGCCAAAAAUGGUCUAUGUUUAACUGAAAAAUGUAAUUGUUUUAAAAGAUCAUAAGGAUGAUGAAUAGAGUUGGCAUCUAUGCCUGGGCAAUAAUCUAGAAAAUGCUAACGAUCCUUGUAUUAUCUUAUAGCCUUCCUGUGAGGAGAGUAAACCCUCUAGUGACAUACAAAAUUGAGUUAUUGUUGUUGCUGUUAUGCCCGAGACCUCAGAGAAAUGCCUGUUUUCAAGAAUGGAUACCGCAGGGGACAAAUGAAGGUGGGGACUGGGGAGUAAGCUAGAUGGGCAGAGCCUAUCCCAUUUGCCAUGUUUAUUCUUUUUUUUAAAAUUUUUUAAACCCUAAUAUCUUUUAUAU